AUGAAUAGCGACUGGUUGUCCUAUGUCGACCUCGAGGACUAUGCUCCUCCCUCCCCGGUUUCCCCAGGGAUUGAAUACUCUCCUCCAUCACCAAGGCGUCGAUCAUCAACGCCCAAGAAACGGAAGCCUCGGAAGAGAUUGACCGAGUCCCAGAAACUAGCGCACAAUGCCAUUGAAAAGAGGUAUAGGGUUAACAUUAACGCAAAGAUCGUCAAUCUCCAGAAGCUGCUGCCUUAUGAAGUUCAACCCGAUCCAAAUUCUGAGACACCCAAACUAAACAAGUCCGCAGUAUUGGAUAGAGCUUCUGAGUACAUUCUCUCCCUGGAGCGCGAGAGGGAAGAUCUGAAGUUUUUGAACGAGCAUCUCCGUGCUGAGCUGGAGAUGCUGAGGAAUGAUAUUUUGUGA